GAGAGGAGGGGAGGGGAGCGGAGCGGGUGGAAGCAGCGGCCGGAACCCGGAGCCAGGAGCCGAAAGUCAGCAACUUCUCCCGUGGAAACAGGGGCUCCCAGCCCAGGGGGAAAAAAACCUGCUCCGGUGGAUCACACGAGAGUGGUUGUGAAAAGGCUGCAGGAUUGACAAAGUGCUAAAGUCUGGAAUUUGAUGCAAGUGGGAAUUCUCUGAAAUCAAGCCUGGUUGUAACAAGGCUGAGGGCACGUUAAAAAUCGACUUGGACUUGAAUUCCAGAAGUGCAGCAUGGCAAGAGGCUGUUUGUGUUGUCUGAAGUACUUGAUGUUUCUUUUCAACCUAAUAUUUUGGCUCUGUGGCUGUGGACUCCUGGGAGUGGGAAUAUGGCUGUCAGCAACACAGGGCAGCUUCGCCACCUUAGCGCCAAGCCUGCCUUCGCUCUCAGCUGCCAACCUGCUCAUUGCCAUUGGGACCAUUGUGAUGGUGGUUGGAUUUCUGGGAUGCCUUGGUGCCAUCAAGGAAAGCAAGUGCCUCCUUUUAAGUUUUUUCAUUGUCCUGCUGGUCAUUUUCUUCAUGGAGCUGAUACUCAUCAUCCUGUUCUUUGUGUACAGGACAGAGGUUGGAGAGUAUGCACGGGAGGAUCUAAAGAUGGGACUGAGAUUAUAUGGAUCAGAGGGGAACGUUGGCCUGACUAAUGCAUGGAACAUCAUUCAGACAGAAUAUGAGUGCUGUGGCGUUGAUAACUCCACUGAUUGGGAUGCAGUCCUGGGCAGUAAUAUUGUCCCUGACUCCUGCUGUCAGGAAUACAGCAAAGAAUGUGGAAAACAUAGUCCCAGCAAGUGGUUUGCGCCGGGUUGCUACAAUAAGAUUGAGACGUUGCUUGAGAAGCAGACAGCCGUCAUUGGCUCCAUUGUGAUAUCCAUCGUAGUGAUACAGAUUCUCGGUAUGGCUUUCUCGAUGAUUUUGUUUCAUCAAAUCUCCAGAAGUGGCAAAAAGUACAAAGCAUAAUCUUGGUUGGAUGAUGAGUCGAUGCCCUCCCAAUAUUGCAAAGUGUUCUUCAGAAGCUCAAAGCUUUGCCUGCCAGGCACAAUUCUAGUCAUCCUCUGCACUUGGAAACCUGCUCCUUGCACAGUUCAGGAGUGAUGAUUCCUUACCUUUUGCCAAAGAAAUGUAAAGCACUAACCACCAUCAGCUUCUCUCUGGCGACUCUGCAUUCACCCAAUCACACAACCCCCCCCACCGCCCACACACACC